AUGACGCCUGCAAUCCAACCUCGCCAUCGCCGUCCCUCGUGGAGGCAAUCACGCAUCUCACAUCGCACAUACCUAGAGACAGACUUCAACCGCAAGCAAGAGCAUGAAAUGCCUGCCGACGCCGACGCUGAUACCUUCUAUUACAACCCUGCUUUCAUUGUGGAAUGGAUGCUGCCGACGAAUCUCAGAGCUCGCUUGCCUGGGUGCCUCAUAACUGAACUUGAUGACUGGCAGGCUGCUGGAGCCGCUGUCUGCACAGCCCUGGCUCGAAUUGACAAGCUGGAUGUCGAGAGUCUUCAUAGAGGCUGGCCGUCUAGACCUAAUCUGCAUCUUUCACGUACCACUUCUGACUGUUCUGCAAUUGGAUCGCCAGAGUCUCCAAUCACCGGUCCCUUCGAGAUGUCGCCUCUCCAGACACCAGCCAUCCUUUCGCCACUCCGGUCAAGUUUCGACAACACUCUAUCGACUAGCCCGGAAGUGGCGUCUUUCACUCCGCGAGAUAGCAUCAUUGGAGAUGAGGUUGGUUGGAUCAGUACAUCAUUUCGUCAGAAGGCUAGUCUCGAACAUGUCAACGCCAUGUUGGCUACCAGAGUUCGCCGCGCCUCUGAGUCUGCGGGCUCACCAUCUCCCAUCAUGAGCCCUAUCUCCCGUCAAGACUCAAACGAAACGAACGAUGGCUCCGGUCAGCAGUUCGAUGAGAGCGCUUGGGAUGUGUUCGUGCGAUCAUACGAGGCUGAGCUCGAGCAUCUACGCUCUGAGACGCUGGUACGCUUUAGACAUAUCGGCAAGUCUGUGGAUAGACUUUGGCUCGAUCUCAGAAGCGAAUGCGUUCAUCUUGUAUCUAAAUCAACAGCCGAAGACUUCGUCACGUGGUGGAAGAAGAUGAGGGACAAGGAACAGGAAUACGAGAACGAAGUCCAGAUGCUUGAACCGCCUCAAAUUGAGGCAGUGAGUCACCAACGCAUCACUCAAGGGCUGACGGUUUGAACAUGGUUCUAACGGUCUCGCAAGGAUCUACGUAUUUGACGUCUGCAGGUGUGCUCUAUUAGUGCGCUCCAUGUACUCAUAUGUUGUCAGCAGAGAUUGAGGCGGAUUGUGGACUGUGGGUUGCGAAGACUCAACAACAAUCAAUGACAGCGGGCUGUUCGUGUGUGGUACUAGAAGAAUCGAAGUGGCUGUGACCAUCCUAAUAACGAAUUACUACCUAUCUUGUCGUCGAUCAUAC